CGUAUGUUUGUGUCUGUCGUUGUGGGUGUAUAGUCUAAAUAUAGGGGGAAUGCACCUCCGACUAUGCGCGCGUUUUCACACGGACGUAUUCGUGUAUGUGCUUUCGUGUGCCUUUAUUAUGCAUAUGUUCUUGCAUCUGUCUAAUACAGUGCUUGUCCAUGAGUUUUAAUACAUUCUAAACAUACGUGCACGCAUUGAGCUGUGAGUGAAUAGUGUGAAUCUACCGGGAUAUACUACUAUAUAGUGCGAAUCUGUAUUCUGUGGGUACAUACGUUGGUAGUUUGAGUAUAGGUAUGCAUACGCAAUGUGUGCAUAGUGCAUGAAGUAAUAUACGUUUACAAUUGGUGAGAGACGAAUGGAGAAAGCAAUAUUGCAGACCACAAAAACCGAGGACGUCUUCGUACAUUCAUCACUGGGAUAUAAUAUCUCCUACAAACUGUCAGGGUGGUUUGAGACGAACUGCAAGGAUCAUGAUGUCGACCCUGACUACCAGAACCAAGGCGACCACCAUUACGGAGUCCGUGUCACUGGUACUAAUGAAGAAUCUAAUGCGCACGACCAUCUCAAGUGUGGCCUAUUUACGAGGCUUCUUCCCAGACCGGGUGUUCACCGAUCGGCACUUGGAAGGGAUGAAGCUGAAGCUAAUGAAAAAGGGCGUCAAUGAGCAGGCAGAUCUACUCAUGAACUGGCUCGAGCAGGUUUUGUAUAGAGGCUAUAAAUAUGUGCACAUAGUUGUAUAUGUGUGCACAGAUCUAUCCG